UUGCUGCACUUCGGACCAGUCCUUCAGAAUGCUAUGAAGAGUGGAAUUAAGAAAGAGAGCAUCAUAAAUGAUUUCAGAGUGUGCGGUUUGUACCCAUUCAAUGUCGAAAACGUGGAUUUUAGCAAAUGCAUAGCCAAAGCGUACUCGUCUGUACUAUCAGUAAGCUACAUAGCUACAGAGAGUGAAAAUGUUUCGAUAAAUUCAUCACCAGCUCAGCCAGGUACCAUUUUUCCAACUUCGAAUAAUUCGAUUGAGAUCAUUGAAGAUACUCCAGUUAUGCUGAUUUCAUCUCUUUAUGUGAAAGAAUCAGUCUGGAUCCCGUGUACUACGAUUAACGAAGCUGUGGAGAGUAUCGAAACCGCUCGCUUACAUCGAAUAAUGUCAACGACGGAUCUGACUGAGGAUCAACAAGUCAUACGAUCGCUUUAUGAGAGACUCCUCAAGCCAUUUCAUUACCAAAUUCCACAGACGUUAGAAAUCCCUACCUUGGACGGUGAUCCUGUUGACUUGAACGACGAACAAAGAGAAACUGAACUUGUCGAGUUAUCAAUAGAUACAUUACCAAUGGCCGAAGAUGACCCCGUCGGAUUUGAAAACGACGGACCAAUUGGAAUUGAUUCACCUGAUGUGUCUAACGUAUGA